ACCAAGAAAAAAUUCAACGGUGUGUAUACAUAUUGUUUCUACAUUUCUCACUGCACUUGAAAAAUAAGAACUAUUUGAUUGUUUUUUGUAAAUUCAAAAUUUCCUUUCUUACAAAGUUAAAGUUAAAAAGUCAAAGAAUACAACCCAAGGAAUAUUAUUUCACCAAAAAUAUCUUACUUGAAGAUUUUUAAAAUUAUUGAAAAAAAUAUACUCAGUGAAAAAUAAAAAUUAAAGAAAAUUCAUAGUGAAGAUAAAGUAUAUAAAAACUCAGAGUCAAAAAAAUUAAACAAUAAUAAUAUAAAAAGGAAACUAAUUUUUGUUUAAGUUAAAUUCCAUAUGGUUCAUAUGAUUGAAAUUGUACGCCAAGGGAAAGUUGACUUUCCACAAGUCAUUAUGAACCGUCCUAUUCAAAUUAAGCCAGCGGACACAGAAAACCGUGGUGAUCGAAAACUAUUUGUUGGUAUGCUAAGCAAGCAGCAAACCGAGGAUGAUGUAAGGCAAUUGUUUAAUCCGUUUGGAACAAUUGAAGAGUGUACAAUUUUGCGUGGCCCAGACGGUGCAAGUAAAGGUUGUGCUUUUGUAAAAUUUAGCUCUAAUCAAGAAGCACAGACAGCUAUUACAAGUUUACACGGUAGUCAAACUAUGCCGGGAGCUUCUUCCAGCUUAGUUGUAAAAUUUGCAGACACUGACAAAGAGAGACAACUUCGUCGUAUGCAACAAAUGGCAGGCCAUAUGAAUUUACUAAGUCCAUUUGUGUUCAAUAAUUUUGGACCAUACGGUGCAUACGCACAGCAACAGCAAGCUGCAUUAAUGGCAGCUGCCACCGCUCAAGGUACAUAUAUAAAUCCAAUGGCUGCAUUAGCAACACAAAUACCUCAUGCGCUAAAUGGUUCCGGGCAGCCUGUUAAUGGUACAAUCCCAUCGUUACCGUCACCAACAAUGCCAACAUUUAACAUGGCUGCUCAAACACCAAACGGACAGCCAACUGGUACCGAAGCAGUCUAUACAAAUGGUAUCCCUCAAACUUAUCCAGGCCAUGCACUCCACUUAUCUAUUCCAACUCAAGGGAUAUCUAAUGGUGACGCAGCUUUACCACAACCCUAUCCUGGUAUGGCUUACCCAGGUGUUGCUUAUCCAGCCGUUUAUGGACAAUUUCCUCAAGCUAUUCCGCAACCAAUAGCUGCAGUUGCACCAGCGCCACGUGAAGGUUGUUCAAUAUCUGGUCCAGAAGGAUGUAAUCUUUUCAUAUAUCAUUUACCUCAAGAAUUUGGUGAUGGCGAAUUGAUGCAAAUGUUUAUGCCAUUUGGUACAGUUAUAAGUUCCAAAGUGUUUAUUGAUCGAGCUACAAAUCAAAGCAAAUGUUUUGGUUUUGUAUCGUUUGAUAAUCCAACGAGUGCUCAGGCUGCAAUACAGGCAAUGAAUGGUUUUCAGAUCGGAAUGAAGAGACUGAAAGUUCAAUUGAAAAGACCCAAAGAUGCUAAUAGGCCAUAUUAACAAUCAGAUAUUACUAGCACUGUCAACUAUGUUCCUGAUGAAACUUUAAAGCUAAAAGAACAUCAGUAAACGUCUUUGUUUCAAACAUGGUGAAAUCAUAGUAAUGAAAAGAAUAUGAUUAUUUGUUAUUUCUUUAUUUGUUUCCUUACAUAUAAACAUUUUGUUUCUAUUUAUAAAAAAAUACAGUGCUAGUAUGUUUUGUUACAGUAGCAUUUGUAAUCAAUAAAGCAAAAAAAGUAAACUGAAUAAAUAUGGUAAAUAUAAUAAAAUUAUAAAUAAAUAAUUAUGGCAUAAAAACGCUAACCCAUCACAUAAACAUUAAAUAAGAUAUACUUAUACACAAAAUAUAUAUUAGAUUUAUUAUAUAAAUGAAUAAUAGAUAUCUGAAAAGAAAAUGUAAGGCUAUUUAUUAAUGCAUACAUAUAUAAUAUAUAAACUGAAUAAAAAUUUUAAAUAUACCACUGAAAACCCACACAUACAAAAUAUACCUACUAUUUCAUUAAAAUCUACAUAAAAAUGAGUAUAUCAAUAAUUUUAUUGUUUGACAAUUAAAAUAAAACUAGUAAAAUUUUUUUCAACUUAUUAUAACAUAUUGAAAAGUAAAAUAUAGUUGUCAGACAAAAUUUUAUGGUAUUUAAAUUUAAAAAUUUUGCAAAUUUUUUUUUAAUCAGAUGAAAAAUUUUUUAUCUACGUGAAAAUUUGUGUCCUGAUUAGAUUUGUCAUUCUGAAAACUUCGCUCUAUGUUUGUGUUUUCGCGAAAAACGCUUUGUAGCUGCUCAAAAGUCAAUGAUGAGUCUUUACUCGACCAAAAACGAUUGUUCUUGGUCAGCACACAAAAUUGCACAAUUAUCGAAAAAUUUUCAUCUGACAUCCUGACAUAAAAAAACCUUGUCAAAAAAUAUCAAAAAAAAAGAAGCUACCUACCGUAAAAACAAAAUUGUAAGUAAUUUAGAAAACCUCUGCUGAAAAGUUAUGCUUUUCGAUAUUAUAUGAAUAUUGUUUAUUUCAAUUUAUUUCCUUGAAUUCUUCAUAGAUAGAUAAAUUGAAAUAAAAUGAAUCUACGAUAUGAAUUUUAAAAUACUCAAUUGGUAAAACGUUUUUAUUUGGUACAAUAAUAUGAAUGCCAAAGAAAAACAAAACAAUAAAUAUUUGCUUGCAUAUAAAAAUUAUACCUCCUUUGCGUAUUAUUAUUAUAGACCUUGGUUUUGACGAAAUUUUACCAUUAUGCUUUCUAAAACCAAACAACAAUUUGUUGUAUUUUUAUUAUA